AUGUCUCAGGCAAAGGAAAUGAACAACGGACUUGAGUGGACGAUAAAGAUGGUGGAUGGAACAACCCAAACAUUGGUUCCUCACGAAGGGCCGGUCAUGAAGGCUUGGAACUGUCUAGUCGGCCUGUUUUCGCGGUUCGUCUCGAAAAUUUGGGGAUUUCUUCUGAAAGCAUGGAACUUGGGAGUCGCCGACCCGAGGAAAGUGAUUCACUGUCUCAAGGUUGGGAUGGCGCUCAGCGUGGUGUCGCUCUUCUACUACAUGAGGCCCUUGUAUGAAGGCGUUGGCGGGAACGCCAUGUGGGCCGUUAUGACGGUCGUGGUAGUUUUCGAGCAGACUGUUGGUGCAACAAUGUGCAAAUGUUUGAAUAGAGUCUGCGGGACCUUUCUCGCUGGAUUCCUCGGUGUCGGCGUCAACUGGGUGGCUGAACGAUCUGGAGAGAAGUUUGAGCGAUUGAUCAUUGGGGCUUCCCUAUUUCUACUCGCUUCUGCAGCGACCUUCUCGAGGUUCAUUCCGACGGUGAAAGCCCGGUUCGACUACGGCGCCAUGAUAUUCAUCCUCACCUUCAGCUUGGUCUCGGUGUCAGGUUACCGGGUGGAUGAGCUGUUGGCCUUGGCCCACCAGAGGAUAUCCACAGUCAUCAUUGGGACUUCCCUGUGCAUCAUCGUAAGCAUGCUCGUUUGCCCCAUUUGGGCCGGCACCGAGCUGCACAAUCUGAUCCUCCGGAACUUGGACAAGCUCUCCUGCUCUUUAGAAGGUUGUGUCAUCGAAUACUUUGAUGGUAGUAUCGAAGGCGGCAAGAAUGAACCUAUCAAGAACUUACAAGGCUACAAAUGCGUGUUAACUUCAAAAGCAACAGAAGAAAUUAUGGCCAACUUUGCUAGAUGGGAGCCGGCGCAUGACCGUUUCAACUUCCUGCACCCGUGGAAACAGUACCUCAAAGUCGGGGCAUCGAUACGUCGAUGUGCAUACUGUGUCGAGGCUCUCUAUGGUUGCAUCUAUUCAGAAACUCAGGCCCCAGAGUCGAUAAAGAGCCAUCUUGCGAGUACGUGCUUGAGAGUGAGCUCCAUAUCUUCCAAUGUCAUAAAAGAACUAGGGAAAGCAAUCAAGGCAACGAGGAAAUCGUCGGCGAUAGAUUUUGCGGUAGGACAAAUGGAUGACGCUGUGAAAGACCUCCAGAGUUGCUUAGCAGAUCUUCCUAAUUUGCUUCUUCCAUUACCAUCACCUGAAGUAAGUGGCACAGAGAGUGAGAAAGCAGAGAGAUCAGCCGCAUCAUUGGCUACAAUGCCACUGUUGGAUGUCGUCCCGCUAGUGACUUUAGCAUCUUUACUCAUCGAAAUUGCCGGAAGAAUCAAAGGAGUUGUGGAUGAGGUUGAAGGAUUAGCGGAGUUGGCCGAAUUUAAGCCCGCAGUCGAGGAGAAGUUGAAACACAAUCAGCCCACGAACGGAAUCACUCUGCAGAAACAGAAUGAGGAGGGAACACAGAAGGCCCUUGAGAGGGUAUGA